AUGGUGAUAUUAACCGAAUCAUCGACAACACGUAGUGACGCGGAAGGUGAAGUGGUUGGUGCGAUAUUCAACGCAGCCUGGAACCCGCUCGAAAUAGCCACAUUGUUGAUCACUGUUGAUCGAUUCGUAAGGGUCAUUCGUCCAAAAUAUUUGUAUAUUUUGUUGACGAAACGUAUGGUUGACAAAUAUAUCGCUUUCAUGUGGUCAGUUUAUGCGCUUCUAUUCCUUCUCUAUUGUUCGCCGUUUUCAACGUUCUACUACGAUCCACGGAUCAUGAAAUGGACAUUUGAUGUGUAUCAACCAACAGGAAAGGACAUAUCAUGGUUCAAUCGUUAUGCGUGUAUGUUGAACGUCUUUGUGGGCUUCAUUGUUAACGUCUACAUUAUCAUCUAUUUGAACACGAUGAAAAACAACGACUCACGGAAAAUGUGCGAGAAGGCACUCACAUCGCAAACUGCAAUCGUGUUUGUUUACAAGGUCGUUGAUUUGGCGUUCUCCGAGAUUAUUGACCGAUGUUUUGAACCAUCGCUUUAUCUCAACAACGCGCAUACGAUGUUGUGGGUUGUUUGGAACGGUACAAAUCCCUUUAUUUAUUUAAUCUUCAAUGCGUCAUUGAGAGGUCGAAUGUUCAAAUGUGGAUGCUCAUCUUCAGCAGCUGCAUCAGCAUCCUAUCGUCCUUCAACAAUCUUUCUAGCAUCCGUACAUCCAUUCUAUCAUCAACGACCACAUCGGUCAUAUUUUCAGCCAAACCAACUUCCUUAUCCCUCAAAAUCCGGAGGCAAAAAUGCAACAAGUGAACAACAACGACGACGAGGAACGCUCGAUGGCAUUGCGCGUUCAAUACUCUACCAAAACGUUCGGACAGCUCGCGCAGCUCAAGAUCUAGCUGCAUUAUCACGAAAUUACUUUCCCGCAAUGGAGCGAAAACCACCUUUACUUGCACCAUCAGAAGUUGAAGAAAAACAGCUCGAAAAUCGAGCAACAAGGAGCAAUGUUCAAUUUACUAGUGUACUCACCAGUCAGAAAUUCGAGCGCUUUGCGCCAGUGUUUAUUAGAAUUCAAGCGAGUGUGGAACGUUUUCAGUGA